AAUACGUAUAGUACUUUAGUAUAUAUAGUAUUAUAUAUACAGUAUUAUUCAUGUUUCAUAUAAGUAAACUUAUAAUAACACAUAAUGUUUCGAAUAUAAAAACAUAACUACAAACAUAAGUGAGUAUAAAACAGUGUAAUAUUUAUCGGUUUAUGUAGUAAAAUAAGCUAACCUGAUGGCAUUACAUCUACAUAAUUAUACAAUCUUAUGUGAACUUUGAUUUCACGUUGAAAGAAGAGAAAAGUUUAAAAAUCGUUUUCUUUGCUUCUCUGUAUGAUUGGUGUUGAUUUUAUCUGACUUAUUUCCUUAAACAGUCGAAACGAAAGCAACAUUGAGAGCACAUUCAGACUCCAUGGACUUGCACGGACAGUAAUCAGACCUCCAUGAAGUCAACACACAUAGUUACAGUACCGUGGUAGUCUUAACAUGAAUGGUAUAUUGGUUGUUUACUAUAAUUUGUGUAACAUUUUUACGGAUAAUUUAGAACACUUUUCGUUAACAGUAGAUUACAAUGUUCUUAUUUAUCUUAUCGACAAAUUGAAAUAUGCUCAAACCAUAAUUUUUGCAGCUAUUUCAAUGAAAAACAUAGAAUAUUAAAAGCAAACAUUGCUUUAUUACCAGUUCAUGCUACAAUAUGUUAACAAUAAAAUAGGCAUAGAUAAAGAGGUUAAAAACUUUACAAACGUAACCACUGACUCAUCCUGAAUGUCGCAAAACGUCACGGUUAACGUUUCCACUAACGCUACUUGUAGUACUAAUCACAACAUCUACAGUCAUCUUGAUUAACCAGGUACAUGUAACGGCUUCCGAUACACUACUGUCAUCACAGGAAGUUUGUCCAUGUUUAUUUACUGACCAGGUUUAACUCUUAUUGUUGAGCAGUUUAGCCUCUUUCUCUCUUUAUUUUUGUUUUGUCGGGCACUACGUACCAUUUGAAAUGAGGAAAAUUCCAGUACACUCGUAUAGGCGAUGGAAAAGAGAUGAAAGUGACGAUGAUGAUUCGGAUGAGGGCAAUAAAAACACAACACCGCAGAUAACAGUGCGGGUAACAUCGACAGCAACAGUAAACAAAGAGGAUUCUACAACGGCUAUAUCUGUGGUCUCCCCAUCAGUUUUGACUAACAAAGCCAACAAGGAGGACGUCGAUGUUGCGGUGAUUCUGGUUCCCGUUCUAUUCUCAUUGCUUCUGUUGGCAGUUUUUAUUCUCUGCCUUAUCUACAAAAUUAGAAUAAACGCAAUCUGGAAGCAAACGAUCUUACAAAAUGGAAGGAAAUUUAAAUCAAACACAGAUGACAUCACCAAAGAAAAUAUUCGGGUUUGUGUUCACAACUCCGGGUACGACAAAGAAGUUGUGUUGUCCUCACUUCCGCUAGAGGUGCCCACGAAGCAAACACCAGUCAUCUCAGACAACAACUAUAGUGUUUUGAACAGAGAAAAUGACACAAAAAAUUAUCGAGCGAAGAAUCAUAGCAUCACUUCUGAAUAUGAUCUUUUGAAUCAAUCAAAGAGAGCGUCAUCGGUAGAGAAUUAUAGUGGUAAUUUUUAUAACACUGCCGAUCCAGUUCUUAAUACAGGUGACCAAGAAUGUGCUUAUGACAAGGCAAAUGAAGUGGAUAAGAUGUACAUGUACACACGAGUAGGUCAAUCAAAAUUUAACAGUGCUGCAAACCAAGAUAUUUACAGCAGAAUGAAUCAAGAAAAUGAUGAUUACAGCAUGACAACACAAGGAAUCGACAAAAGCAAUGAAGACCAAACAAGUUAUUACAGCAGUGCCAACCACAGUACUAUUUACAGCACCGCAAAUCAAAGAAAUGUUUACAGCAGCUUCGGUCAAAGACAGAAUGAUUACAGUGUGGCUACCCAGGAGACAAUCGUGAAGAGAGAGGAUAACGCUAAAUACUAAAGUAUUACUUAAAUCGGCGCGAAUCGAACAAAUAAUCGAACAAUUCAUAAAAAAUAAAAAAUUGAGUUCAUUGUUUUAAAAUUGUUUUAGCAUAGCUAUAAUAUGUUCUAUGUUUUUUUUUGUUCAUAAUAUUUAUCGAUUAAAAUUUUGGUCAAUACGCUUUAAUGUGGCAACACAAUUUAAGACA